AUACUAAAAUUUUAUUCUACUAAAUCACGAAAUAACUAAGGAUCAAACUAAUAAGAUAGGUAAAGACAAUAAAAGUGACGGUGAUACAGUGACAAGUGUGUCGUGCGGUGGCAAGCUCAUUGCCUUGAGAUUUACCAUGUCGAAUGCAUUGCGAUCACGUGGACAUUGCGUCCAUCAUCAGCGAGGCUGGGAGGAAAGAUAAGUGGCAAAAUAAUGAGCCACCGUGUUAAAAUAGAGGACGCUUAUAUGUCGGGGUAUUGAGUCAUAGUACUUAUUUAGCCAGCGUGUAAUUUUUUUAUCUACUGUUGCAACACACGUGCAUGUUUGCUAGUAUAAAUUAAACGAUCUUUACAGAGGGAGUAACUAACUUUGCACAGUUAUAAUCAAACUCCAACAGACUUGAUACUCCCAGAAAAUAGUCAAUUUCCCUCAUAGUAGAAAAACAUUAUUUUUGUAAAAGAAAAAAUCUCCAACUCCCAAGCUGGUACCACCGCACCUCGGCGAGACGGCGACCGUCUCUCUCGUGCCGUCGUCGUCGCCGGCGAUGGCGAUGGCGUCCCAGCCACCGCCUCCACCCCAUGAGCUCGACCUAGAGGCCUUCCUCCCGUCGUCUCCCGCCUCCGACACCGACGCCGACGCCGAUCACCGCCGCGCCGUCGAUGACCUGCUCCUCCUCCUCUCCUCGUCCGACUCCGACGACGACGACGAGCCAACCCGUACACUCAGCACCAACCACCAACCCCUGACCCGUAUCAAAGCCCCAACGCCGCCCGCUAAACCUUCCCCAUCUCCUCUUUCAUCGCCUUCCGCGACCUCCGGGAGAUCCACAUCCGCAUCGCCGUCGGCGGCGCUCUCCUCCCUCGUCUCGAGAACCUUCUCCAACGCCGCCGCCUCCUCGUCGAGGCCGCUCCCCUCGCUCUUCCGGGGUGUCCGCCCCAGCCCCAAACCCGGCGCCGCCCUCGCUGCGGCCGCCGCCGCGUCCCGCGCUGUUCUCACCCCGCACGCCGCUGCAAUUAGGUCGCGGCGCACCGCCUCCGCGCCCAUCGAGAAGCUCCUCGACCAAGCCUCCGAGGCAGAGGAAGUAGCUGACAAGGCCAGUGAGGAAGUGGUUGGUAGGGUGACCGAGGAAACUGUCGGCGGGAACGGGGCUGAAGAAUUGGAAGAGGACAAGCACGGGGAAGUGGGGACUGAAGAGAAUUCCGAGCCCUCAGAAUCGGUGGGCAGAGGCAAUGUCGAUUCUGUUGCCGCGGAGAAUUUCGAUGUGCAGGAGCAACUUGGGAGUAAAAUUUGGCUUGUUGAUCAGGAAAGUAGUGAUGAGCAAAUUACAGAUGGAAAUUUGGUGGAAUCUGGUGAGAUUGUGGAUCAGGAUGGGUCAGUGUCCGAUGAGAAGACUGAUGAUGAGCUUGAGGUUGAACAUUCUGACACUGAUUUGGAAGAGCAAGUGGAAUCUGAGAGGAUCAUCGAUAAGGUGAUCGAGGAGAGGUUGGAGAUGAGCAGGAUGACCAAGGAAAAAGUGGAGGAAAGGCCAAAGGUGCCAAUGAAACCAUUGGAGUGGGCUGAGGAGCUCGAGAAGAGGCAGGCCUCAUUUGGGCAGCACUGGGAGGAGGGAGCAGCCGCGCAACCCAUGCGCCUGGAGGGGAUUGGGAAGGGCCAACCAGCUAUUGGUUACAUGCAGAUCGAGGUGGACAACCCGAUAACUCGUGCCAUGGCCUCUCCAUCUUUUAGACAGGAACAUGGCUCUCCUCAGGUCUUAGCAGUACAUAGGAGCUAUAUUGCGACAGGCAUGUCCAAUGGAUCUGUUAUCAUUGUCCCAAGCAAAUACUCCAUCCAUCAAGCUGAUGAUACAGAUGCAAAGAUGUUGUUCUUUUGGAACCAAGGUGUGAAAACUCAAUCACCAGUGACUGCCAUGUGCUUUAACCCGCAAGGGGAUCUUCUGCUAGUAGGAUAUGGUGAUGGUCAUAUGACAAUUUGGGAUGUACAGAAGGCUACUGCAGCAAAAGUCAUAUAUGGUGGGCAUACAGGAGCUGUAGUGCAUGUUUGUUUUAUCUGCCAAUCUAAAGCCAUCACUAGUGAUUCAAAAGGGCUUGUUCUUCUGCACACAUUCUAUAUCUCUGUCAUUAAUCGCUUGACUGUCAAGGGAACCCAGCGCCUUUUUGAUGGACAUACUGGAAUCGUGCUCUCAGCCUGCCCUCUUCUAGCGGAUGAAUCCUUUGGUUCUGGCAACUCAUCUAUGCAAGGCAACCUAACAACUUCCUCCAGUGGUGGUCUUGGGAGCAUGAUGGGAGGUGUAGUUGGAGUAGAUUCUGGAUGGAAGUUUUUCAAUGAAGGUUCUUCUCCAAUGGAGGAUGGUGUUACAGUCAUGUUCAUUAUGCAUCAACAUGCUCUUGUGGUUAGACUCCACACCAACAGUGACCACGUUGACCAUAUUGAGACCUUCUCUAGACUAGAAGGAGCACGAGAAGGGUCAAUUGCUUAUGCUGCAUGGAAAUACACAUCAUCCUCGAGUGAUUCAUCGCCAAUUGUUUCUUGGGCUAAAGAUGACAACACUAUAGAUGAAGAACCAGUAUCUUGGCUUGCGCUUGUCUGGGACCGUCAAAUGUUAGCUGUCCUUAACUUGAGAGGGCAGCUCUGCCUGUUCUCAAAAGAUGGCAGUGAGCUUCGCAGGACUAUCUUUAUUCUUGAUGGUUUGGUCUUCGAUGACAGCAUACUGUACCAUACACAUUUUUCUAACAGGUUUGGUAACCCUGAGAGGCAUUUUAACAACUCGGUAGCAGUAAGAGGUGCUACAGUAUAUAUUCUUGGCCCAAGCUUUCUUACAGUUUCGCGACUUCUUCCAUGGAAAGAGUGGAUUGAAGCACUAAAGAGGGCUGGUGAUUGGAUGGGUGCAAUGGACAUGGCAAUGAAGCUUUAUGACGGUCACACACAGGGUGUUGUUGAUCUUCCGAGAACACUUGAUUCCAUAAGGGAAGCCAUAAUGCCGUAUCUAGUAGAGUUGCUGCUGUCAUAUAUAGGUUAUGUCUCUGAAUAUAUUUCAAUUGCAUUGUCAAACCAUACUGGAAAAGGGGGAGCAGCAGAUGGCCUGAUAGAUGCCGAUAGAUCACUGCUGACAGAGAGAGAAGAACAAUAUGCUCGUGUAGGAGGGGUUGCAGUCGAGUUUUGUGUUCACAUUGGACGGAAUGACAUCCUGUUUGAUACAGUCUUCUCUAAGUUUGUUGCUGCACAAAGUGGAGGCAUGUUUCUGGAGGUACUAGAGCCAUAUAUGUUGAAAGAUAUGCUUGGUUCUUUACCACCUCAGAUCAUGCAAGCUCUAGUAGAGCAUUAUAGUGGCAAAGGAUGGUUGCAGCGAGUCGAACAAUGCAUUCUUCAUAUGGAUAUUUCAUCAUUGGAUUUUAAUCAGGUAGUCAGACUCUGUCGUGAGCAUGGGUUAUAUGGUGCUCUAAUAUAUUUAUUUAACCAAGGCUUGAGUGAUUUCCGUACACCUCUAGAGGAACUUCUAUCUGUUAUCCAGAACGCUACUAGAAAAGAUGCUACUUGUACUUGUGCUAUACAGAAGGCGAGCUUCUUAUCAUAUUUUCACUUUAACAGCUACAGAAUGCUUGUUUAUCUGAAGUAUUGCUUCCAGGGCCUAGCAUUUCCUCCAGGGCAUGGAAUAAUUCCCCGAGCGCAGCUUCAUUCAGUGAGAGAAGAACUUCUGCAAUUCAUGCUUGAAGAGUCUAAAAUUCACACUUCUGAAGUAUUUAAGGGUUUCAGUUCUUCUUCCCGAAAAUGCCCAAACAUGUGCUAUCUACUAUGGAUGGAUACGGAAGCUACUCUGGAAGUUGUCAAGUGUGCUUUUGCACAAGAGAAUUUUGAAUCUACUUCUAGUACUCCUGAUGCAUCUGUGUCCAAGGAUGAAGAUGAUACCAAUAUUGAAAGAGAGAGUCAAAAUAUCUUAUUACAAGGUGUAGUCGACACCAUCAUUCAUAUUGUUGGUUUGGAAAACGAGGCAAUCCAUUCCAUUGUUGUGGGUACUGCUGAGUCAGAGGAAUCAGAACUUUGGCCUACAGUGAAUUAUUUUGGUUAUAUAAUUGAAUUUGUGUCCUUUUUUAUUUCCAAUAAAAGGGCAAAGUCAUCUCAAAGAGUUCUUAAGCACAUUCUUAAAUACCUCACGUCAUCCAGUACUCCAUCAUAUGAUGAUAAAAAGAUGCCAACGCAGAAAGAAGUUCUUCAGCUCUUCAAUGUGGUUCCUCAAACUGACUGGAAUUAUGAUUAUGUGUUGCAUCUUUGUUUAGAUGCCCAUUUUCAUCAGGCAUGUGGCAGGAUAUAUGCAGCCAGAAAUCAAAAUUUGUCUGCUUUGGAUAGUUACAUGAAGGAUAUAGUGCAACCAUACCACGCUUUUAUCUUCAUCAGUAAAAAGUUAUUUCAGUUGGCAGGCGAUGAAGCUUUGUCGUUUCGUUCUACAGUAAUAUCUCGUUUUGCCGAGCUAGUCAAUCUAAGCAGGGAGUGCGCAUUUGUCUUGUUCCUUGAUCAUUUUCAAAAUCAGAUCCAGCAAAUAUUUUCAAAGCUUCCUUCUGACAGCCGCAGCCACUUUCUUUUCUUGAAAACUGCAAUGGAAGUACACUUGUCAGGCAAACUUGACUUCAGUGCACUAACUGGCAAUGAAAUUGUUGAACGCCUGUACUUCUCUGGUGAACUCGAAGAUUAUCUGCAGAGAUUAUCAAAUUCCCCAAAGUUUGACUGCAAUCUUGUUUCUAUGAUUGAUGAGUUAUUUGAGCCUUAUCUGAAGCUUCUGUGUCAGUAUGAACCAAGGUCAGCCCUGAAGUUUCUGGAGACUUUUGAUAGCUACAGAUUGGAAGGGUGUUUGCAGUUAUGUCUAGAUUAUGGAGUUACAGAUGCUGCUGCAUUUCUGCAAGAGAGGGCUGGUGAUGCUGAGAGUGCACUGGCACUUGUUCUAGCUGGACUAGAUGAGAAAAUUAGCCAGUUUAUCACUUCAGUGGAGAAUGCAUUUUCUCAGAUAUCCUCAAAGGGUAGCUCUGAAAUUGAGCAACCAGCCAUUGUUCUAAAAACGAAUGAGGCUCAUCCGGUGCUUGAUGCGUUACGUUCCUCCAUUGGAUUGUGUCAAAGGAAUUCACAGAACUCAGACCCAAAGAAGUCCCAAUCACUUUGGUUUCAACUGCUUGACUCUUUCUCAGAACCACUGAAAAAGUUGUAUGGAAGCAAUGUAAAUGGAAAUGGUUGUUGGUCUGAACGGGAGGAAACAACAAACGGACAUCCAACAGGCAAAGUAUUCUCACAACAGAUGGUGAUUUCAGCUUAUCAAAGGUGUUUGAAUACUCUGCGGAGAGUAUUCUCACAAUUCGUUGGAGAGAUAAUUGAGGCAAUGGCUGGGUAUAUACCCCUACUAGCAAUUAUGUCAAAGCUUUUAUCUGACAAUGGGAGUCAAGAAUUUGGUGAUUUUAAACUUGUCAUACAUAGAAUGCUGUCUAUGUAUCUUCAUCAAAAAAGAAUACUGGUACGCAUUGAAUUUCGUUCGUUUGCCAUUUACUUCAUAAGUAUAUCACACACGAUAUUUGAUGAAAACAUCACCUUUUUGGAAACAGCUAAGUCUGUUAUCGAGGAUGAUUCGUUCUAUACCUUGAGCUCAUUAAAGAGAGGGGUUUGUCAUGGAUUUGCUCCACAUACUUUUGUCUGUUGUGUAUGCAACUUCUCACUUUCCAAAGAAGGUGUUUCAGCAGUUCGAGUGUUCAGUUGUGGACAUGCAACACAUCUUCACUGUGAUAGAUAUUAUAUCAGCUGUGUACUUGGUUAUGCUAUUAAUCUCUUGUAUAGGUUUGAAAUACUGAAAAGUCUCCAGAAAGCUCAGAAGUCUUCGUAUUUAACUGUACCUCCGUUUGAACUUUCUCCGCCAGCCAUAUAUCAUGAGAAGGUACAUAAGAGAGUUCUGACAAGAAUCAAGUGCGGUAGACUAUGCAAUGGUUUAAAGGUGCAAACACCUGAGAAAUCUGCUUUGUCCAUUCGUGUAAUGACCUCAAACUACAGGUCGACUGCUGCUCCGUCUGCUAGAGCGAGGAAAACGAAGUGGGAUGUAAUUCGUGAUAAAGGAGGGAACUGCAUGCAAUGGAGUUCUCGAUAUGGUUCAAGAUCAACCCUCUCACUUGUUCCUGGUGCUGCACCAAGCAAGCCUCACCCAAAAGAAAUUAAGCAUUUAUUAAUGAGAGUCUAG